AUGGGAGGCAUACAUCUAACAAGUCCGGACUUCCCGCAAGGGUUUCCGAUCAAUGCCCAGCAGUUGCACUACUUAAUAGUCCACGGCUACAUAGAUCCACCAGAUAUGGAAAAGAUGGAUGUUACCGAGCGAAACUCCGCUGAUACCCUCUCCCGUGUUAUUACCAUAUUCCAAGCAUUCUGGUUUUUCGUCGGGGAACUUGAAAGAUUUGCCCAAGGUCUACCCAUUACUACUUUGGAGUUAACCACCAUCUCAUUUACGCUCGUGAUGUUCGCAACAUCUGCGACCUGGUACUAUAAACCCUCCAUUGCACAGCCACGCUUCGUUCACACGAAGAAUGAUAUAGCUGUGCAAGAAAUACGGGAAAACAUGGCGCGAUAUACCCACCCGAUGCUGCCAGCCCAUUGGUAUCAGACGCCCCUGGAAUUCAUUGGUCAUGAUCACUUUGGCAUCAAUAUCCAUUGGAGAUACUACACGAGGCUCGCGCAAAUACUCCACAUCCGUCUGUUUUCCCGCCCCGUCACAUCUCGGCCCUAUGAUCGGUUUCCAUCUGACACCUGGCUGUGUCCUGAUUUCGUUUUCACACCUCUUGCUACGUGCGUGCUGCUAGGCUUUAGUGGGCUUUUUCUAAUUGCGUGGAAUUUUCAUUUUCCAACUUACGCGGAGAAGAUUCUCUGGAGAAUUUCUAGCGUCUACCAUGCCGUCUUCUCGAUAUACGGCGGCUUUUACUUCGUCGUCGAGAUGGUUAAAAGCAGGCGCCGACCGUUGGAGACUGAUCGGGUCCUCAAGCGCAGUGGUCCUCUUACUCGGCACCAUUCCUUUGAAGGCUUGAUUACGGGAUCUCCGAGCGCUUUCCGCGGGACGCUCUCAAGAUGGAGGAACAUCUCCGUGGAUAAUGAUCCCGAAAUGAGCGUUUCUAUGAGGGUCCUUCUGCCAGUCAGUAUUAUGUGUAUCCUCUAUGUGUUUGCUCGGGUAUACAUCUAUGUGGAGGACUUUGCUUCGCUACGAUCGCAACCGUCGGGAGUGUAUAUCGACGUCAACAAAUUCCUUCCCUUUUUAGGUUAA